AUGGCCCUCCCAAAAGAUGCAUCCCGACCUCAAUCAUCAUUGAAUAAUGAUAUCAAACCUCCGCUUUCCAUCGCUGAUUCUCUCACGAACAUCCCUGAUUCAGCGAGGAAUUUUUUUACCACCGUAUCGAGUCCCACCGACAUUUUGUCCUCGAAACUCAUCUCCAGAGUGGAAGGAAUCGAUGUUAUCGAAGGGGGUUACAACUUUGUACACAUCCUUAAUCUCAACACCGGUGAAUCUGGCCACCCCUUUCCCUUUGUUCUGCGCUUUCCAAUUGAUCCAGAUGCCAUCUCCCGAUGGCAGACCUGUACAGCUAUAGGCUGUAUGUUGUACUGUCAGCAACACCCCGAUCUCAACAUACCCACUCCAGCCAUCUACGCUUAUAACUGCACCCAUGGAUCGGAAUUCAUCGCAAUGGAAUAUAUCGAUGGUGAUACCCUGAACAACGUGUGGCCGGACCUUCCAGAAGAGGAAAAGCAGAAUACGGUCAACCAAGUGGUAGAGAUAAUGCGUACGAUGAGGACAAAGGCGAGCUUUAAAAUGAUCGGGGGAAUCAGGCCAGAUGGUUGCUCCUGUCCUCUAGUCGAUGGCAGGGAUGCCGCGAGUGGGAGGGGGGUAGUUGACGGUUUCGGUCUAUACAAUAUUGGGCCGUACGCUUCCGUGCGAGAAUACGUUCAGUCCGUCUUCGACCGUCAAUUCCAUUACAUAGAUCAAAUGUUGCACAAAGGUACACUCUUGGCUCACGAGGCAGGGUUCAGGGAGGAGAUGAGCGAGUGCCUUCAGAGUUUGACGCCGGAGGAGGCAUUCGAACUUGUAAAGAGAAAAAGGGAUGAUUUCAUGGCACAGUCAUACGACUGGAAGUACCCCUUCGUGUUGCGGCAUGGCGACCUACAUGGGCGGAAUGUCAUAGUGAGCCACUCUUCCCCCCGCCGUAUACUCGCGAUUCUCGACUGGGACUUUGGUGGUUCUCACGCACUCCCGUUUGCUGAUAAAGCCUUCGAGGUGUCUUCCCCAGACAGCGACGAAAAUACUGAUGUGCGCAUAACACAAGCGGAAGGGUUGUAUCACACACAACUCCAGAUCGAUGAGCUCGUCGGAUUUCUCCCAAGAGACGAUCAGCUGACCAAACUAGUGGCAUCCAUGAAACUGUUCAUCCUCGACCUUGAAGCGGAAGCAGCGCGCGGCAAGGAUGCCAACGCGAACGUUGGUUCUGAUCCCAGUAUCGAUGCUGUGGCUGAUGUCCCCGUUGAUGCUGAGGAAUAAACUGGUGUUCGGAAGGCUUCUGUGAAUGAUCGUACAGCACGAACCGGGGCAGGACCCAAAUAAGGAUGAGUCCAUUGACAAUAGGAGAUAGCUAGAAUAUGUACGACUUACGUGCCGAGUGAGCGGUAGGGUUCAAAUGGGAAUUGAAGGGAUGCGUCGUCGUAGUCGUCGUCCCUGACUUUGUGCUCUCGAUGAUCCCAUCUGUGUCAGCAUUAAUGACUGCUCCCAGCAAUACACAACAUCUUGACUUUUUGCAUUGAAGACUGAGAAAUGGAAGGUGCGACCUCUGCAUUGAAUGUGGUGCCUUGGUGGGCAUGCAUGAUUUCCAUUGCUUCCUCUGCCCU